ACUCACAAGUCACAACCGCGAGAGCUCUGCAACAAAGCAGAGAACAACUAAUCCGAAAGAUAGAGAGAUAGGGAGAGACAGAGCUGGCAAACCUCUCAAGCUCAAACCCUCAAAAAUUUCUUCUGGAGCCCAAAAUCGGUUUCUCUGUCUUAACAAAACUUUUUAUACGCACAAACUAAAGCUCUCAUUGUUUCGGAUUCACGUUUCGUUCCUAUGCAUGCGAACAACGGAAGAAAGCUACCGAGAGAGAGAGAGAGAGAGAGAGAGAGAGAGAGAAAGAGAGAGAGAGAGAGAGAGAGAGUUCACAGAAAAUUUUCCGCUGAAAAGUGAAAUAUUGACGAGAUUUUCAGCCUGAUCGCUUGAUCGCUCGCUUUCUCUGUGGACAUGAAUCUUUCUGAUGUGAGCGGUUCAUUUUGGCGGAAUGUGGUACAUGAGCCGGUUUAAGCCAAAUGCUUUGGAAAUUCGCAAUGGAAGAAGCAUAGUUUCUAAGACUUCGUCGCUCUGCUGCUAAAAUUGGUGCAACGAAUGCUGGAGGGUUUUCUGUUUCGCUCGUUGAAGAUCUAUGAGUUUGAUUCCGCUGGAACCUGGACAUUGGGUUGAAAGGCUAUUUGAUCUUUGUAAUCACCGUUCUUGAGCUUGUAGUAUAAUAGUUCUCCUCCGAAUUCAACUUCAUCUGUUUAGCCAUAUAGUCUGAAAGUUUCUAGAUUGAAGAUAACUGACCAUUAGAAUUUAAAUGGUGUUUGGAGAGCUAAAAGGUAGCGGAAAAGUUAACGAGUUCCAUCCUCUUAUUUUAAAAUAUUGGAGCAAAUACAGGGCGGUCUUUUUCCAGAAUUAAGUAAGCUGUAAUUUUGGGAGGAAUAUAUUAGAUUUCUCUGAGUUUGUUGACUGGAAUGCGAACUCAAACCAAUUCUGCGUUAGGAUUUAGUAAAGAAUUUUGGCGCUUAAAGUUUCUUGAAGAAAGGGCACCGGAAAGUACUUCCCUGUAAUGUUGUGAAUAUAGGUUUGGCUAAGAUCUGCAUGAUUUAGAUUUAUAGAGAGGUGAAGAUGGCUAGUGCUUGGGAUCAUAUCGGCGAGAUUGGCAAUGUUGCGCAGCUUGCUGGCAUGGAUGCCGUGCGGCUUAUUGGGAUGAUUGUGCAUGCUGCAAGCACGGCACGUAUGCAUAAGAAGAACUGCAAACAGUUUGCUUUGCAUUUGAAGCUCAUUGGGAACUUGCUGGAGCAGCUCAAAAUAUCAGAGCUAAAGAAGUAUCCAGAGACACGAGAGCCACUGGAGCAGCUUGAGGACGCGUUGAGAAGGUCUUACAUUCUGGUGAAUAGUUGUCAGGAUAAGAGCUAUCUCUAUCUGCUGGCCAUGGGGUGGAACAUCGUAUACCAGUUCAGGAAGGCCCAGCAAGAGAUUGACCGGUACUUGAAGAUCGUUCCCCUUAUCACCCUUGUGGAUAAUGCAAGGGUCAAGGAAAGAUUAGAAGAUAUUGAAAGAGAUCAACGUGAAUAUACUUUGGAUGAGGAGGACAAGAAGUUGCAUGAUGUUAUCCUGAAACGUGAUCCCACAAAGAAAGACACAAUGGUGUUGAAGAAGAGUCUUUCUUGUUCUUAUCCAAACUUGCCUUUUGAUGAAGCACUCCAAAAAGAGAAUGAGAAACUAAAAGUAGAGUUACAGCGAUCACAAGCAAGCAUGGACGUGGGUCAAUGCGAAGUGAUUCAACAUUUGCUUGAAGUGACAGAAGUUGCAGCAAAGAAUGAUUCACCAAGCAAAAGUUAUUCAGAUGCUAGUAAUGAUAAAGCACAUUCUUUUGAUGACAGACAUAAUGAGGAAAGCGACACUCGAGUGACCUCAAGAACCACUUCUUCAGUAUCAUCGGGGCAUGACCUGUUAUCAACUAGAGGAUCACACCGGCUAGAAGAAUGGCAUUCAGAUUUACUUGGCUGUUGUUCRGAACCUUCUCUGUGCAUGAAGACUUUUUUCUACCCWUGUGGCACAUUUUCAAAGAUUGCUUCAGUGGCCACUAACAGGCAUAUGUCUCCGGCUGAAGCCUGUAAUGAGCUGAUGGCAUAUUCUUUGAUAUUGUCCUGCUGUUGCUAUACGUGCUGUGUCAGAAGAAAGCUUCGCAGGAUGCUAAACAUAACAGGAGGUUCAUGCGAUGACUUCCUCUCACAUCUGAUGUGUUGCUGCUGUGCCUUGGUCCAAGAAUGGCGAGAAGUGGAGAUACGUGGGGUUUAUGGUCCUGAGAAGACAAAGAUGAGCCCACCGCCAUCUCAGUACAUGGAACCCUAAGGGGUAUUUAGAUGAUAAAAAAAGAACUGUUAUUUAAUGGUAGAACUCUUAUGCUUACCAUAAAGGAAACUGCUAGUUGCCGCUGUUAACUUGAAUGUUGGAACUUGUACUUGGGAUAUCUUGCGUCAUUAAUUUUAGCUGUGUAAAGUUGGCUUUGUAUAUCUUCUAGAUAUAUAGAACUUGGUGUAAAUACUUGAAGAUAUAUAUACUUGGAACUUGUACUUGGGAUAUCUCGCGUCAUUAAUUUUAGCUGUUCGUAGUUGUUUUA